ACGGCACAGACACAUCGAAAUCUCCAAGAAGUUCAAAACAUCAUCACUCAAGAUCUCGGUCACGCUCAAGAGACAGAAGAAGAAAGCUGAAAUGCCUCAAUAAAAUGAACACAGCUUGUGUCCACCCCGACGCAUCCUGUCUGUGCUGGUCGGCACAGGGAUUUCAGCCUGGUCUUUCCACUGUAUGCCAGAGAAAUUAAUCCCAGAGGCAUAAAACAGGUUGUACUUAUUUUUUCCUUAAUGCAGUUUUUAAAUUGGACUGUAUUUGUGGUUUGAUAGUGUUCAGUGGACGCUCCUUUCUCCCAGGGAUUUUGCUGUAUUUAGUUGCCUGCUGUAGCAUACACCAAGCAAUAAGGCAUGAAACAAAUUCUAUCAACAAAACGUCAGUUAAUUGUUCCAACUGUGGUCCACUUAGUAUUACACGGUGGAUUCUGUACACAGCAUUAUGAGCUGUUUUUCUUUUCAGGUGAUAAGAAGCACAGAAGAAGUCGCAGCAGAAGCAAAGAGGCACGAAGAAGAGAUUCGGAAGACAAGCCCUCCAAAUCUAGCAAGGCAGAAGACCAGCAGGACCGGGAGCAGUCGGAGAAAGGAAGGGAAAGACUUUCUUCCGAGAAUGGAGAAGAGCGCCACAGGCGUAAAGAAAAGAAAUCUUCCAGGGGCAGAAGUUGCUCCAGAUCAAGGUCAAGGGAAAGACGUCAUCGUAGCAGAAGUCGAGACCGAAAGAAGUCGCGCUCCAAAAGCAGGGAGAGGCGAUCAAGAAGUAGAGAGAGAAAGCGCCGCGGCAGGUCACGUUCCAGGUCCAGAUCUAAACACAGGCACAGAAGUAAAAGUCGCAGCAAAAGCAGGGAAAGGAAGAAGAGAGUAGAGAAAGUACGCAGAUACAGUAGAAGUCGCAGUAGGUCUGUAAGUCCUCCUGCUUUCCGGGGCAGGAAUACUGCGAUGGAUGCACAGGAAGCACUUGCCAGAAGAUUAGAGAGAGCAAAGAAAUUACAGGAGCAGAAAGAGAAAGAAAUGCUGGAGAAGCAGAAGCAGCAAGAGAUUGUCACAGUUGCUACCACUGGUGGAUCUGUCCUGAACGUUGCAGCACUUCUGGCUUCUGGGACUCAGGUCACUCCUCAGAUAGCGAUGGCUGCACAGAUGGCAGCUUUGCAGGCGAAAACCCUAGCCGAGACUGGGAUAGCAGUACCCAGCUACUACAACCCAGCAGCUGUAAACCCAAUGAAAUUUGCAGAACAAGAGAAGAAGAGGAAAAUGCUUUGGCAGGGCAAAAAAGAAGGGGACAAAUCGCAGACAGCUGAGCUAUGGGAAAAGCUUAACUUUGGAAAUAAGGACCAAAAUGUAAAAUUCCGAAAGUUAAUGGGCAUAAAAGGUGAGGAUGAAGCUGGUGCGCCCAGCAUGGUGGAUGACGAGAGUUUGAAAACUCUGAAGCAGCAGGAGGAAGUUUUUAGAAAUCUAGAUGUUCAGUAUGAAAUGGCGCGUUCGCAGACACACACGCAAAGAGGGAUGGGACUGGGUUUCUCUUCAUCAAUGAGAGGAAUGGAUGCCAUUUAACACCGUUGUAUUCAGCCUUCCUGCAUAGCUUCUCAACAACGCUGGAAACUUUGUAAAAGCUUUGUGUUCUGAUGUAAAGUCUUUAAUGAAAAGCUAGUAGACUAGCUUGCAUGGAUGUUGCAUUGGAUAUGUAAUUUAUUGAAUACUCACCCAUUUAAAACAUUCAUUUGUAAAUAGUUUAGUUAAAUGCUGAUGUUGCCUCAGCAUUAGGUUUCUGUACAUCUUUUUAAAAUAUGCAGUGGUUUAAGAUGACUAAGAAUAGGGGGGUUACAAUGGAGCUUUGGAUACACACAAUUGCUAUAUCAUGUCUUUGCUUUUUGUACUAAAAUUGUAUAUAUUUUCAUUUGUUGAAACAUGAAUGGAAUAUUGUGUAGAUGUAAAGUACAAUGAUUCAUUAUUUUGGGUUGCCAAAGGGCACAUUAUCCACUAUGAAUUUUUAGGGGUUAUAGCUUUUUUAUGUUAACACCUGAUUAAAAAAUCCUGUGUUUUUUAUGGAAAGGCUUCACUCCUGAGAAUAUUUCAUUUAUUCCAUCCUUUGUACAUCAAGCAGGUGGAGGGGAAUGAAAUCACAUUGUAGCUGCAGCUUUUUGUAUUCUACCAGUCAAAUCUACAGACCAUAGAUUAUAGAACGGGCUUCUUUUUAUGUUAGUACUUUUUUGCAGCUUAGAAAAACCAGCCUUAUUCCUCCCCCUUUAAGUGACACAAUCAUAUCAAGGAUCUAAAACAUGGCUUUCCUUUUGUCAUAGCUUGAGUCUUUCCGUUUUUAGUUAGUGUACCUUACAUGGCUAAAGUGAUCAAAGAUUUGGUGGGGGGGUGUUUAUGCAGGUGCAUAAUUUAAAAUACCAACUAAUUUUAACAAACUACAAGUUUCUGUAGUCCAAUUUGUAUGGUUCUUUAAUAGUUUUCCCCUGGUUGGAUUUAAGUACAUCAUGCUAUGUCCAUUCUUUUGGACAAUACUUGGAACAUAAGAACAAAUUAAAAGGAACUAACCAGCCUGUAAAGGCAGUGUUGGGGUUUAUUUGAGAGGACUGACUUGAUUAUUAUUCCCUUUUGAAUAGUCUUGAAUGUACACUUAGAACAAUUGAAGGAUAAUCCUGGUUGGACUAAGUAAUUUUGAUCUUUCUUUUUGAAAGAUAAAGCAUCUUCAGUCUUAUUGCCUGUAAUGUUUUAAAUAAGCAGACAAUAAAUGGUGCGUAGGAUA